UGACACAGACCAGCCAUCACGCUGUUUGGCGCCAUUUAUAAAUAUUAUGCGGCAGACGGAUAUCUAUCAAGCACACGGCCCGAUUCUGUGGAGCGACAGUCGGCUCACUUGCUUUGAAACGGCCACAAGACGACUUUCGUCAUCAAUUCUAAUCCCACAGAGCGGGAAAAGGUACCUCACUUCGACGCCUGAACUGGUUGGAGAAAGAAAAAGGUAAAAACAUGGAUAGACGUAGUCUUAGAAAACGAGCAGUGAAAAGGGUGAGUUCUUUAUUUUCUUCCUUUCCUGAUGAGAUGCAGAUCACUGGAGCUGCAGAGAAUGCCACUAUGAAUAUCACAGAGGAGGACCAAAAUCAGGGUGAUCAGGGUCAGGCAUCACAUAAAUUUGACAGUGAAGAUGAUUCGCAGAGUGAUGAUGACAUAGUAAAUGUCAGUACAUCACUAACUGAGUCUUUGUGCGACUGGGCAGUUAAUUUCAGGGUGUCUUUAGUAGCUUUGACUGCACUUCUGGCCAUCUUGAGAGUUCAUCAUCCUUUCCUACCAAAGGAUGCCAGAACUCUUCUACAUACCACUACCGCCUACAGCAUCCAAGUUGUUGCUGGUGGUACUUACCACUAUGUCGGCAUUUUGAAAGCUUUUGCAAAAAGCAUGGAUCGCAUCUGGUCUCACAUUCCAAACAGGCAUGAAUUUAAAUUGCAGCUGAAUGUAGAUGGACUACCUCUGUUUAAGAGUUCCUCAGUACAGUUCUGGCCAAUCCUUGGCUUGCUACAGGGUGUUGUGAAAAAGCCAGUUGUCAUUGCUCUGUUUUGUGGUGUCUCAAAGCCAAGUUGUCUGGUUGCAUAUUUACAAGAUCUUGUCAGUGAGUUGCAAGAUCUAAGCAAAGGAUUCUUCAUCAAAGGGAAACAGUGCUUCUUGAAGGUCAAUUCUGUCAUCUGUGAUGCGCCAGCAAGAGCUUUCAUUAAAGGAACAAAAAGUCAUACUGGUUACUCAGGAUGUGACAAGUGUGUUCAAACAGGUGUUUAUCUUAAACACAGAAUGACUUUUCCAGAAGUCAACAGCGCACUCCGGACAGAUCUGUCUUUCAAAAUGAUGAAUGUUGAAGACCAUCACGUGACAAAGUCACCAUUAACUGAUGUAGGUAUAGGCAUGGUGUCAUGCUUUCCUCAUGAUUACAUGCACCUUGUCUGUCUUGGGGUAGUGCGGAGACUGUUGGAUUUAUGGAUUGCAUCAGGGCCUUUGCUAUCCCGCUUGUCUUCUCAUCAGAUAAAGCUUAUCUCUAGUGCACUCGUAGGCUUAAGAGGUUUCAUUCCUACGGACUUCGCUCGUAAACCAAGGGGGCUUUCAGAAAGACUCCGGUGGAAAGCCACAGAGUUGCGACAGUUCUUGUUGUACACGGGGCCAGUGGUUCUCCAAAAUGUGCUGUCGGGUUCAGUCUACAACAAUUUCAUGUUGUUAUCAGUUGCCAUUUUCAUCCUUGCAAGUCCUUCAUUGUCUGCAGAUCUUCAUGACUUUGCAAACACAUUACUUGUGUCAUUUGUGACACAUUUUGGCAAACUGUAUGGUCCAGAAUUUGUCACUUACAAUCUUCACGGACUAACCCAUCUUUCUGAGGAUGUUCGAAUACAUGGAAAUCUUGACCUAAUAUCCGGAUUUCCAUUUGAGGAUUAUCUAGGUAAGAUGAAAAAGAUGAUAAGAACCCCGCAUCAUCCACUAGCCCAGGUUAUUCGGCGAAUCUCUGAAAUGGAUCCUUUUACAGGAAAUGAUGAAGCUUCACAUGGAAAGAGAAGGUUGCAGAAGGAGCAUGAUUCUGGCCCACUUCCACCCUCUAUGAUGAACAUAUCUGUACUUCAGUUCCAGGAGCUUGUCAUAGGUGGUACCAAAAUAGAUGCAUCCAGCGAGGGAGACAGAUGUGUUAAGAUUGGUGGCUGCAUUGCUUUGAUUGACAAUAUCCUUCAGUGUCAGGACAAAAUAUAUAUUGUCUUCAGAGAAUAUGAAUUAAUGGAACCAUUUUUUGAGUAUCCUCUGAGUUCAUGUGAUUUGGGCAUCUACCUGGUUGGAAAAAUAUCAUCGAGGCUGAAAACCAUUGAGUUAAUUGACCAUGUUGAGAAGUAUGUGAGGUUGCCGAAUCAAGACAAAUUUGUUGCAGUGCCAUUGCUGCACUUGUGCCACUGAUUUCAUUUAGCCCUUUCUUAUUGUGCAGUUUUUUUUUAAGCUUAGCUCUCCCCUUUUCUUAAAAGGGCUUUGCAAAAUUCAUUUAAACUGAACAAAGUUCACUUAAUUUUCAUCAAGCUUUGUUCAUAAUCACAUCUACUUCUAAUGUCUUUCAUGUUUUACUUGUUCUAUAUUUUUUAAGCAGCUUUCUGAAAUUGUACUCACCCUUGGCCUAUCUAAAAUGUAAAUGAGUUUGUUUCUUCAUGGGAACGGAUUUGGAGAAAUGUGUCUCUGCAUCACUGUCUCAGCAAUGGAUGCCCUGCAGUGAAUGGGUGCCGUCAGAAUGAGUCCAAACAGCCAAUAAAAACAUCACAAUCCACAAGUAGUCCACACCAAUCCAGUCCAUCAGUUAACAUCUGGAGAAGAAAAAGGUUGCACGCUUCUAACAGCUUAAGUCAUAAAGUCCACUGUUUUAGACUGUUUCUGCUUGUAAACAGUGCUUGAUUUGUGGAGAUUUCUCUCCUGACAUUUCAUUAUAGACUCGUAUUUCAUCCAAAAGUAACAGUUUUAAGUUAAAAAUGUCUUGAUGAUAGAUUUGUUUACUAACGUGCCGCUUUUGGCUUCACAAAAUAUUAAUUGGUGGACUGGACUGGAGUGGUGUGGAUUAUUUUGAUGUUUUUAUCCUUUGUUUCUCUGCAAAGUAUCCAUUAAUGAGCAUGUGAUGUGAAGCUACACUUUACCAAAUCUAUUCCUAUGAAGAAACAAACUCAUCUGCAUCUUAGGUGGUGUGGUACAGCAAAUAACAUUACUUACUUACUUAAUCCUCUUUAUUCCCAUAAGGAUAGGGAUAUAAGGCCACUAUCAUCUGACCUCAUAUUGUGGCUCGCUCCAGGUGAGAUGCAUUUCUUCCAGCUCUGAUGUCACUGUCCUCCUCUAGGUGAUCUUUGGUCUUCCUUGUCUUCUCUUACCAGGUGGUGUCCAUUUUAAGUGCCACAUUCGGGAUGUGGUGCUGGUCCAUUCUUAAUAAAUGCCCAAGCCAUCUCAACCGUCUGCAUUUGAUCUCAACCACCACACUGUUCUUCUGUAUAGCUCUACAGUGAUAACUUACAGGUCGGCCAGAGCCUAGCAAAGGUGCUAUGAGCCUUCCCAAGAUGUGCAUUAAUAUCUUGCCAACUGCAUUGUCAGUGCCAAAUGCACUUUCCAGGUAGGUGAAUUCCUCAAAAGUGGGCUGCCAUCAACUGUGAUCCAAUUGGACUGAUGCACAUAAUUUGGGUCUUGGUGGUAAUGAUAUUAAGACCUGUCUGGUUGGCAAUGUUGUGCAGCCUAGUUAUUUUCAGUUGCAAAGAAAUUAAUUUUAUUUAGGAAAACAUUCCAGUAUUUUUCUCUUUAUAGUGUACUUCAGUGGUGGACUUGUUUUUAUUCUGGAAGUGGACUUGUGCUUUAAUGGGACAUUUCACUCGAAAAUGUAAUUCUGCUGUAAAUUUACUAAUUUGUUGCAUAACGACUUACACACGGGUAUUAAUCUUGGUUUGCCUGUAUAGUUUUUAUUUUGAUUCUAAAAUGGAUGUUAUUCUUUGACUUGCAUUCUGUGAAUAACCAAGGAACACAAAAAUCUUCAGCUAAAAAUCGUCUUUAAUGUUUUGCUCAAGAAAAAAGUAACAGAAAAUUUUCAUUUUUGAUUAACUAUCUGGGUGUCAGGGCAGAAAAAUCAAAAACACAUACACUACAUUGCCAAAAGUAUUCGCUCACCCUCUUCCAGUGAACAGGUUUGACUACUUUAGUCAUUUCCAUGAAUACAAAUCUUAAUGUUAAAGCUAAUUUUAUAGCAACAGUUUGGACAUGACCCUUUUCUAUUAUAACAUGACAAUGCCUCUAUGUAUGAGGCAAUCUUAAAAAAUAAAUGAUUGAUUGAGUCAGUGUGGAAGAACUUGACUGGUCUGCAGAAAGCCAACUCCUAAUCGCAGCUGAACACUUCUGGUGUGACUUUAAAUGCAGACCUUGAGCUAAAAACUCAUCACCAA